AAAUAUGUUGAAUCACCUUCAAAGCUUGAUAGAAGUUGCUCCACAUUUAACUAGCAGUAUUUUUUUAUUUUUUUGGGUACAGCCGCCGGUUUACGCGUUUAGAAAAAGAUUACUUUGGUUAUUUGGGGCUAAAACGGUGGACAUUCUCGUGUACAAUGCGAUCUGUGGAGUGGAUCAACAUUGCUGAUUGUUGAGGGUUGGAUUCGUUGCGCAGAGGGUGUGGUGUGAUCCUCGUAUGGUAGCAUUAGAGAGCGGUAACUGGCAGUGCGUGGCAUAAGGAAAUUUCAGCGGGCGGUGCCUGAGCUGUGAUAACCUUUAUUUGGCCUGCGUGGAAGUCGUAAAACUGAGUUGGACCUAAAGCUCAGUGGCUUUCAGCACUGGAGAUACAGAGUGAAUGCAGUCUGAGGCGCCGGAACAGUCUUGUGUGAUAUGUCGUUGAACAUUGGUGAACAUCCAGCGGCUGGAGUCCCGCCGCAGAGUGACUUGCUCCUUUGUGAUAAUGAGUUCGCAGUAAGCACACAGACUUCUAAUGCUGCAGUCACACUGGAUUAUGGUUCUCCACGAGAUAUAGAGGUUGAUGAAUCGGACUUCGAUAAAAUGUCAACAAAGGAAGAAGUUUCUGAUAAAAGAGAUGUACUACAGAUAGUUGCACAGAGUUUUAUUUCAACUGGUCCAGGCUUUUAUACCACUAGAAGAGAUGGUGAGGUCAAAGUGCGAUUGCAUGAUUCUGAUUCUUCAGAACAGCCACCAGUGACUGUCCAUCAGAUGUUCGUGGAGUCUGUUAGAAAGUAUGGGGACUACAUGGCCCUCGCAUCAAAGAAUGGCGAAAACUGGAAGAAGCUAACGUUCAAGCAGUAUUACAAUGAAUGUAGAGAUGCUGGAAAAAGCUUUCUGAAGCUUGGCCUCCAACGUUUCCAUGGUGUGGGAAUUCUGGGUUUCAAUUCUCCAGAGUGGUUCAUUGCGAAUAUUGGAGCAAUCCUGGCAGGUGGAUUGGCCGUCGGAAUCUACACUACAAACUCUCCUGAAGCCUGUCAAUAUGUAGCAAGUGACAGUGAAGCUAAUGUUUUGGUCGUAGAGAACAACAAGCAACUACAGAAGAUCUUGCAGAUUCAGGAUCAGCUUCCACACCUAAAAGCAAUUGUACAGUACAAGGAUGAACUGAAGGAGAAGAGGCCAAAUCUUUACACUUGGGCGGAGUUCAUGCAGCUUGGGAAAGAUGUGCCAGAUGCUCAUCUUGAUGAGAUCAUUGCUUCCCAGAAACCAAACCAGUGUUGCACACUCAUUUACACUUCGGGGACCACUGGAACGCCAAAGGGAGUCAUGCUGAGCCACGAUAAUCUGACCUGGACAGCUUAUGCAGCAGGAAAUAUGGUGCAACUGCGACCAGCUACUGAAAGCCAAGAAGCUAUUGUUAGCUACCUGCCACUAAGUCAUAUUGCUGCGCAAAUGAUCGAUAUCUGGCUGUCCAUUAUGUUUGGAGGCACCACUUAUUUUGCACAACCUGAUGCACUGAAGGGCUCUUUGGUGACCACAAUGAGGGAGGUCCGUCCUACAGCAUUUAUGGGCGUGCCUCGUGUGUGGGAGAAGAUGCAAGAGAAAAUGAAAACUGUAGGAGCAAAAUCCUCGACUGUUAGGAGGAAAGUUGCCUCCUGGGCAAAAGAUGUUGGUUUAAAAACUAAUUUAAAUCGCAUGCGUGGAAAUAAUGCUGUUUCGCUUAACUUCCGAGUGGCUAAUGAGCUCGUGUUCAAAAAGGUUCGCAAUGCUUUGGGAUUGACUCGUUGCACAAAAUGUUACACAGGAGCAGCUCCAAUAACCAAAGACACGCUGGAGUUCUUCCUUAGUCUCAACAUCCCUGUAUACGAGUUGUAUGGAAUGAGUGAAAGCUCAGGACCACACACCAUUUCCGUACCUGAUGCGUUCAGACUUUCAAGUUGUGGAAAGGUGAUGACCGGCUGCAGAACAAAAAUCUUCAAUCCUGACGAUGAUGGCUGUGGCGAGAUCUGUUUCUGGGGCCGACAUGUGUUCAUGGGUUAUUUGCACAUGGAUGAUAAGAUGGAUGAAGCAGUUGAUGAGGAUGGUUGGCUACACUCAGGUGAUCUGGGGAAACAUGAUGAGGAUGGAUUUCUAUAUAUUACAGGAAGAAUUAAAGAGUUGAUCAUUACUGCUGGUGGGGAAAACAUACCACCAAUUCCCAUCGAAGAUGCUGUAAAGGAACGUUUACCAAUCAUCAGCAAUGUCAUGCUGAUAGGAGACAAACGCAAAUUCCUAUCGAUGUUAUUAACACUAAAGUGCAAUCUAAACAGCGAUACUGGUGAGCCACAGGAUGAUCUGUCAGAAGCAGCAAUUCAGUUCUGCCAAAGGCUGGGCAGCAAAGCCACAAAGGCAUCAGAAAUCAUAGCCAGCAAAGAUGUUUCUAUAUACGGUGCCAUACAAGAAUGCAUUAACCAUGUGAAUGAAAAGGCUACGUCUAAUGCACAGCGAAUUCAGAAGUGGCUUCUUUUAGAAAAGGACUUCUCCAUUUCAGGAGGAGAACUAGGUCCAACAAUGAAACUGAAAAGGCCUGUUGUGUUGAAGAUGUACAGUGACCAAAUUGAUGAUUUGUACAAGGAUGCAGUAACUCCAAUCACUCCAGAUAAUCCACUUACAGCAAAAUAAACUUCAUUGUUACUACAGCAAUGAUUCACCAGCUGGAUUUGUACAUUGUCUAUAAUUUUUAGUUUUGCAAUGUUAACAUCAACUUUUGCAUUUCUACAUAUGUCUGAAAUAAAUGUUCAUGUUUCACAAUUGUUAGAACAAAUCAUGUGAGAACAAGUGCUUUUUAUUUAUAAAAUGCUUAGUGCAGGCAUUGUGCCAGCAUUGCAUAUGUGCUAGUUUGAAAGCUUAUUUUUCCAUACUUAAAUGUAUGCACAAAUAGGUGAUUAAACCAACUUUUGGUAAUUGACUUCCUAAAGUGGAAUUAUGCUGAAAUGUAGUAAACAUGAAGGCCAGCAGCAACAAUUCUGUUUAGAGUGAUGUCGCUUGGAUGCAGAAUAAAAUGUUUACAAAAUCUGUGACAAAUGGCAGAUAUUCUGCUAUACAUGAUUACAGUCUCCAAAGAAGUGAUCAUAUUUUAUGGUUUAAUGAAACCAUGUGUGUAGAGAUUAUUAUUCCAAGAUUUCCAUUUCUUUAAUUUUUGUACAGCAUCCCCAAACAUUAUUUAAACAUGUCAUACUAUUUUUCUGUUAUGGCUAUUUAUUGUUCUUAAAGUCAAUUUGUCAUGAAAUAUAUUUUUUUUGUUUCAAAUGUACAUUUUUGUAGAAGAAUUGUACAGCCCCCUUUGGACCAGCCAAAUAAAACAAAAGUUUUGUUUUUACAAAUGGAAAAGUCAUAAUAUAAUGUGGCAAUGCUUUAAAUUUUGUAGCAUCAUAGACUUUAAAGCACAGGAGUGUAUGCUAGCUAUCUGAAAGAAUCUGAUCUUUUCUUUCUCAGCUAUUCAUCCCCCUACUGGAUUCUCCUUUCGCCGUGGUUCUGCUUGACUGUUCUCUGACAUAAUCAUACCCUGUAUAAUAGAUUUUAUUUUUUGGUCUUUUUAAAAUCAGUUGAAAUUUAAUGCUUUAUGCCCUUUUUGACCAACCAUUAGAAUAGAAAUGUUAAGUGAUUCUACAGCAGUAAGGGCCACGGUACCGUCUGGUUCUGCUCACAUCUGAAACCUUUUUUCAUUUACUUUGAAAGAAGGCUGCCAAAGAUUUACAUAUUUUUCCAUUUCUUCUGCUUUUGUAAUUUUGAAACCAAAACCAGGGAUUUUUAGUUAUAGGUAUCUCGAUCUCUUUGGACAUUCAAUUAAACUUGUAUUUCUCCACCUCAACUUUUACACUAAGUCAUUCUGCCCAAUUUAUCUUCAGCCUCCUGAAAUUGCUCACUGUCACUUUUGUUAUUAAACACUGCAUGCACAUUUUAUAUCCUCUACACCUAGGUUCAGAUCAUGUAUACAUCACCACCCACAACCAUCCUUGCUGAGCAUCAGAAAUGUCACUGCUCAACUUGUUUCACUUCUCCAACCAGCACAAGUUUUUGUUUUUUAUAAUGCUGAUACAUUAUCUCGAGUACGGUUGCCAUUGUCCUGCCAUCCUAUAGGACUGCACUCCCUUCAGAGAGAGAGACAACUCAUACUGACUUAAUCCAGGAUCACCAUAUCUCAGGUGAAGGGAGAAGUUGCGAAGUAGAAUCCUUCCUGGUAAUCUCUCUGGCAGCUCUUUGCACCACAGACCAGUUGUCCAGUCAACUGAGCUAAACUAUCUCAAAGACCGUACACCUUAAUUUCUGCUUUUAUUUAUAAGUGCUCCAUACUUUUUUCUGCUACAAGCAAUGUUGUUUACCCUUGACUCAAUCCAUGUCUUUUUACCAUUUUAACUUUGGAUAAAGUUUGAUUUCCACAAGCUUUAUCCAAUCUUAUGUGUUUUAUAGUUAGUGAUUUAUUCUUUUUCCUCUUUCUCAAUGUUACCAUUCUCCAGUACUUUAAUAUCCAUAUCCAUGAGUGUUUGAAAGAUUGUGGUCAAAGCCUGUGAUGUACUGAGCAAUAUUUAAUUCCCGUGACAUACUAAAAGGGAGAUAGUGGGAGACUGGCCAGGGGUAUGCUGGGAUAGAUUGCUAACAAGGGCAUAUAAAUUAGGUUGCAGUUGGUAGCUUCAGUUGAACAGCUAAGAUCAGACAUAAAUGCAUUGGAUUGCAAAGGACUCCUAGGAUGUAAUUUCUAGAAUACCACGUGUGAAAAGUGCCUAAAAAUGAAAUGCUGGGGCUAAAUUUUCAAAACCUUAAUUAUGGUACAUGUUUAUUUGCAACACUUAUAAUUUUGUAAGUAUGAAUUAAACCAGUUUUGAACUUUUCAGAAAUAAUGCCAACUUGUGAAGGGGAAUGGUAUUAACCAGAGAAAAAGCAACCCACUAGCCAUCCCAAGAUUCCUUGGCUGCAGGGAAUAGCAUUUCGGCAGUAACUUGAUUACACUAUAAAACAUGGUAAAACUGGCACCUUAAUAGUCUAUGAAUGAUCUAUACAGUGGUUUUACUAGCAAUUGUUCUAUGUAAAGUGUUAUGUUUUUCUUACUAUGAAAUGAACAAUUUUGAUUUGGUUUUCUCAGCAAUUGGGAAAAUAAAUAGGAAAGCAUUAUUUCUCAAUAGUAAUGUACCACAUCCAUUGUAUGCAAGAUGCCAGUUUAUAAGCUGAACACAAUUCUCAUGCAGUAUGCAAUAUGGCCAUGUCAACUGAAGCUUGUAAACAUUGCCCAAUUAACAUUUCUCCUACAUUAUUAUUUGUAAGAAUACUUCAUUGAUCUUGUUACCAGUUGUUCCCCAACAUCUUAAUACAUUUGCAACCAAUCACGUUAAAAAUUCUUAAAGUGUAAUUACUGCUAUUUUACCACGAAUGAUAACACCCAGACUGUAUUCAGUGUAAAUAUGGAUACUGUAAUGUUUUAUUCUAUUGCUGCAGUCUGUAAAUUUUGCAUGAACAUGUAAUAUGCAAUGUUGAACAAUUGCGUACUUCAUAGCAUUGUGAUGCAAAUAAAGUUGUGAAACCAGUAA